CGGGCCUUCGUUUCCUCCUCUGGAAGAAUCUAGAAUCCCGCUCGUCGCUCCUAGGGUUUUUGAUCCCACUCUUCGUGAAGUCGCCAAGGAACCUAAGUGUGUGUAAUCGCCAGUCCAUUUGACCCAUCUUGGUGUUUUUUUUUCCCUCCGCAUUUACACUUUGGCUGGAUUUCUCGGAUUCAUCGGUCUAGCAUAAUGGUGAAUGCGAGACUGCUUAAAGAUGAAGCUACCGAGGAGAAAGGAGAUCGUGCGAGAAUGGCAUCAUUUGUUGGUGCUAUGGCAAUUGCAGAUCUCGUCAAGACAACUUUAGGCCCCAAAGGAAUGGAUAAGAUAUUGCAGUCAACUGGUAGAGGACAUAGUGUCACCGUUACUAAUGAUGGUGCCACAAUUUUGAAGUCACUUCAUAUUGACAAUCCAGCUGCUAAGGUCCUUGUUGAUAUUUCCAAAGUGCAAGAUGAUGAAGUUGGUGAUGGAACAACCUCUGUUGUUGUUUUAGCUGGAGAACUUCUCAGAGAGGCUGAAAAAUUAGUAAAUCAAAAAAUUCAUCCAAUGACGAUCAUUGCAGGAUAUAGAAUGGCUGCUGAGUGUGCACGUAGUGCAUUGCUGCAGAAGGCAAAGGAUAACAAACAAGAUCCAGAUACAUUCAAGUCAGAUUUGAUGAAAAUUGCUAUGACAACCUUGAGCUCAAAAAUUCUCUCUAUGGACAAAGAACAAUUUGCUAAACUAGCAGUGGAUGCUGUGCUAAGGCUGAAGGGAAGCACUAACCUGGAGUCGAUCCAUAUAAUUAAGAAGGUUGGAGGUUCCCUUAAAGAUUCAUUUCUGGAUGAAGGAUUUAUACUUGACAAGAAAAUAGGAAUUGGCCAACCUAAACGUAUUGAAAAUGCAAAGAUUCUUGUGGCAAACACUGCUAUGGACACAGAUAAAGUUAAAAUAUAUGGGGCUCGAGUUCGUGUUGAUUCUAUGGCUAAAGUUGCAGAGAUUGAAGGAGCUGAGAAGGAUAAAAUGAAAGAUAAAGUGCAGAAAAUCAUUAAUCAUGGCAUAAAUUGUUUUGUCAACAGGCAGUUGAUUUACAACUUCCCUGAGGAACUUUUUGCUGAUGCUGGUGUUCUUGCCAUUGAGCAUGCUGAUUUUGAUGGAAUUGAACGGUUAGCUUUAGUGACCGGAGGUGAGAUUGCAUCAACUUUUGACAACCCUGAGUCUGUUAAGCUUGGACAUUGCAAGCUCAUUGAGGAAAUUAUGAUUGGGGAAGACAAAUUGAUUCAUUUUUCUGGGGUCGAAAUGGGUCAGGCAUGUACAAUUGUUCUAAGAGGUGCUAGUUCUCAUGUGCUUGAUGAAGCGGAGAGAUCCUUGCACGAUGCCCUGUGUGUGCUGUCCCAGACAGUGAAUGAUAGUAGGGUCUUGUUUGGUGGUGGAUGGCCUGAGAUGAUAAUGUCCAAGGAGGUUGACGAACUUGCUCGCAAGACUCCUGGAAAGAGAUCUCAUGCCAUUGAAGCUUUCUCUCAUGCACUCCAAGCGAUACCCACGAUCAUAGCGGACAAUGCUGGGUUGGACAGUGCUGAGCUGAUCUCUCAGCUUCGAGCUGAGCAUCACAAGGAAAUAACUAAUGCUGGAAUUGAUGUCAUAUCUGGUGGUGUUGGUGAUAUGGAGAAGCUAGGGAUAUCAGAGUCAUUCAAAGUAAAGCAAGCUGUUCUGUUGUCGGCAACUGAGGCAGCCGAGAUGAUAUUAAGGGUUGAUGAGAUCAUAACUUGUGCUCCGCGAAAAAGAGAGGAUAGAAUGUGAUCUUUAACUUCGAUCAGGGCGUGCUAAAAGUACUUUUUUUCCGUGGAUUCCUUUGCAUUUACUAGAAAUUUACAUGUUUGUUAUUUACAUUGUUUGAUCAAGUACCUUUCAAUUUCUCAAUUUUGUAGGGUCUAAACAUGAAAUUCUCUGUUGAAAUUAUUUUAUUUUAUGACUUAAUCGUGUAGUGGUUUCUGUGAAAACUAUUUACUUUAUGAAUUUUCAUUGAUCUUUCUAA